AUGUCUGGGUCGAGCCCCAUAAAGUCAGCUGGGAUUCUUAUUAUUGGAGAUGAAGUACUCAAUGGUAAAAUUCUAGACACAAACUCCCACGAGUUUGCAAAGUAUUGUUUCAAGGAACUUGGAAUACCACUUAAGAGGACAGUUGUUUGCGGGGAUGAUGAGGAUGAUAUAAUUUCGUCGCUUGAAACUCUUAAGGAUUGUGAAUUUGUCUUAACUAGUGGAGGCAUUGGAUCAACUCACGAUGAUAUUACAUAUCCUGCAAUUGCAAAGGCUUUCAACUUGCCUUGUGAAUUGGAUCAGGAAGUGGUGGAAAGAAUGCAGUCUAUAAGAGAGUCGUACCUUCUGACUCUUUCCGAGCAGCAACUUGACGCAUUCUACAGAAUGGCUACAUUGCCAAGGGGAGAAAAUGUGGAGAAAAUAUAUAUAGAUGACAAAUUGUGGGUGCCCAUAGUUGGAAUCAACAAAAGGGUCUUCAUUCUUCCAGGAAUUCCCCAGUUGUUUACUAGCUUGAUGCUUGCGUUGGGAGAACUGAUAAAACCAAGAAUUGUAAAGAAUGAGCAAACAAGACUCUUCGUCACCACGAAAACCGGAGAAAGUGAGCUCGCUCCAUUUCUCAAGUCAUUACAAGAGAAGUAUGAUUCUAAACUUGGAAAAUUAACUGUGAAGCUUGGAAGCUAUCCGCAUUACUUAUGGAAGAUUAAUACCAUUAGCAUCAUUGGCGAUAACUCUGUUAGCAGCGAGCUUUUAAAUGAAAUCGUCAGCGAAGUAAUUGAAGGAAUUGGGGGUGAUGCAAAAUUGAUAACUGUGGAGGAAGAGGAUAGGUUAACCACUACUGAACCUGAAAGGUAA